GGCACGACAGUGGACACCGAGUCAUCUGGCACGACAGCGGGCACCGGGUCACCAAGCUCGACAGCGGGCACCGGGUCACCAAGCUUGACAGCGGGCACCGAGUCAUCUGGCACGACAGCAGGCACCGAGUCAUCUGGCACGACAACGGGCACCAAGUCACCAAGCUCGACAGUGGAUACCGAGUCAUCUGGCACGACAGCUGGCACCGAGUCAUCUGGCACGACAGCGGGCACCGAGUCAUCUGGCAUGACAGCGGGCACCGGGUCACCAAGCUCGACAGCGGGCACCGGGUCACCAAGCUCGACAGCGGGCACCGAGUCAUCUGGCCGGACCGCGGACACCGAGGCAGAGGCACCUGGCCGGACCAUGGGCACUGAGGCACCAGGCCGGACCACAGGUACCGAGGCAGCAGGCCGGACCACGGGCACCGAGGCACAAGGCCGGACCACAGGCACCGAGGCACCAGGCCGGACCAUGGGCACCGAGUCAUCUGGCACGACAGCGGGCACCGAGGCACCAGGCCGGACCAUGGGCACCGAGGCACCAGGCCGGACCACAGGCACCGAGACACCAGGCCGGACCAGGCCGGAUCGGGUCAUCAGGCCGGAUCGGGUC